AUGACCUCACAAACUACAUCAUCCUACUCUGGUCUCACUUUACAAAUGGUCCGAGAAACUAAUGAAGAUACGGGUCUCACUGGUUCCACUCCUUACGUUCAUCCGUUGGAUUGCACAAGAAAUUGCGUAUUCUGUUCGGAUGAUUCCCGAUCAGUGAUCGAAGAAAUCGCGGGGGUUGAUCAUAUCCCAAGAGACUCCAAUGAGGUAUUGGAAUCUCCAUUCGAAUGCGAACCUAGUACCUCAAGAACUACUCGAAUGGCUGGUAAUACCGACAACGAGGAACCAGAAGACUUUGCAGAAGAGAUGAUGUUAGAUGCAUCAAUGAUACCGAUUUUUGAUUCAUGUGGAUGUGAGCCUACCAAGGAGAAGACAUUAAGCUCUACUGAUCUUUCCGGACAAGCUUUGGAAGAAUAUGAUGAAGAUCAACCAUUCGAUAUCUCAUCACGUCCUAGCUUUGUGACCUUUGAAACUAGUCACGAUGUCGAUCCAUUUUCAGAUUCAUAUAUAUCACCUUUUUCAAUUCCUCGAAGUAUGAUUGAUUGGCAACGUGAUGAAUACAUCGAUGCAUCAACUAUUCCAGCUUUUGUUGAAUUCACGGUCACUAAUCCUGUUUACACAGACUACCAAUUCAAUCCUUCAAUGAGGUCUCAAGGUGUAGGAGGUAGUCGACAAGAAGUUGAACCUUGUAAAGAUGAAGAUUCAGUCUCUGAUCAUGACACGGAAUCCAGCGAAUGGACAUCAACGGCUGAUUCUAACACUGACUAUCCUGGAUGUGAAAGCUCGGACUCAGGAAGCGGUGAUGAAAAGACAAUGGAUAUCAAGGGGAAAUCAAAGGCUGUAAAGAACAUGGGACGCAAAUUGUUUUUGCCUCAAAAGACACGCCGAAAAGUAGUCCCGCUACCAAAGGCCACUUGGAAAUCCUCGAUCGAUGAUAUAGAGACUAGCAGUAUCGAAGGAGAAGAGGCGGAUGUAGAUGAACCUGGAUCUUCAUCACAAAAUCAAUCUGAUAAGAAACGAAGAAGAUUAAGCUCGAUUGAAGCCUUAGUGUUAAAAUUACCUAAUACGACACUAAAGAUUUUUCCAACCAUGGUGGUCUAUGAUUCUCAAGUAGAUAGACCAGGGAUGGCAAGAUCACGUCUUUCGUUGAAAAGACCUUUAUCGGAUGAAAGAUCUGAUGAUUUCUUCUUUAUGGAAUUGAAUAUUCCAGAUGAUAAGCUGUUAAAUUCAAACGAUCAAGAUUUCUUGAUCUAUGCUCUAUGUACACACAAAAGGCACCUUAAUUACAUGGGCAUCUUCCGUUCAGAAAGUUUGGUCAUGUCCAACUUGCAGACUGUUCUCUUCUAUAGAUUCAUGCUGCAGUCUGAGACUAUGGUCUUCACACCCAGACACGUUGAAAUCGCUACGCCACCUUUUCUGUUUCUGGACCGACCAAUUGCAUACUUGGUUGUCCUACUGACUUCAGUCCAAAUUUCAGUAUCCCAAAGACGCAGGGUAUUACAAAUCCUAUGUCGAGAAGGCAAUGGAAAUCAUUACAAUACGUUCAAAAAUGUAUAA